AUGACUACUACAACAUCGCUUCCACUCUGUAAUUCUACUUGUGUUAAAACUUCAGUCUCUAAUACAUCACGUAUUGCUUUCUACACAUUUGAUUCGGUUCUGACUGAUUCAAGUGGUUCAUCUAAUACUCUGACUGGUACCUAUCAAUCAUUUGUUACUGGUUAUGUGAAUAAUGCCAUUAGUUUCAUUUAUGCUAACUCACAACGCCUAACCUCUAGUCAAAUAAUGAAUUUUUAUCAACUAUCAUGGACAAUAGAAUUUUGGUUCCUAAUGACAGCAAGUACAACGCAGGAUUCAUGCUUCUUUGGACAAACAAUUUCAAGUACUAAUGGUAUGGAAUUAUUUUUACAAACAAAAAAUAAUUUGUUAUACUUCGGUUUCUAUGGUGAUGACACGAAAGGUACGACGACCAUUUCAACAAAUACAUGAUAUACGUAUGCUAAUACAACAAAUACUGGUUAUCUAAAUGUAGCUAAUCGUACUGUUAGUGUUGGUAGUUGUCCUAUUGGUGGAGGUGCCGCAGCACAAGUUUACUAUAGUGGUUAUCUCGAUCAUUUGAGUGUAACAAUGCGUGUUAAAACUGCAUGUGAAAUUUUACAAGAUGCUACUCUUGUUGUCUACUACCCAUUCGAGAAUUCAAUCAUAGAUCAAGGACCAAAUUUCAUAGUGGGAACUCUAUCGAAUUCUGGUACUAGUUAUACCAGUGGAUACGUUGGUAGUUAUGCACUACAAUUAAGCACAACAGGUGCCUAUUUUCAAAUACCAAGUCUAACUCGAUUGGGUAUUACCAAUCAAGCUUUUUCAAUUGCACUCUGGGUGAAACCAAAUGCAGUUAGUGGACCGUUAGUUCACGUUUCCUCAGCAAUGAAUGGUUAUGGAAGUUGGUGUGCAACCUUUCUUGGUUUUUCAUCAAGUGGUCAAAUUAUUGCUAAUGUUUGGACUUCAUCACAUACAAUUGUUUCUGCUACUGGUCCUGUUCUACAAAUAACUCCAUUUUGGACACAUAUUGUUCAGACAUGGUCAACGAUAAAUGGCUUACGUCUCUAUAUAAAUGGUUAUUCGUAUGCUAAUGUUACAAGUGCUACGUCUUAUCUAGCUUCUGGAGUACAGAAUUAUUUGACAUUAGGAACCAUUUUGAGUGGUACAACAUGUGCAGCUGGAUCAAUUCAGACCACUGGUCAAUAUUUAGGAGCUAUAGACGAUUUUCGUUUGUUUAGUAGAGAGUUGAGUGCCAGUGAAGUUUGUCAUUUAGCAAGUUUAUAA